AUGGGUUCAAGCAAUAUCGAUGAAGCAGCCAUGGAUGAACAGGAUAUACCCACAUAUGCAUCAUCUCUACCAGUGCCAAAUGUUCAAGAAAUGGUGAGAGAAAACCCUUUACAUGUUCCUGAAAGGUACAUAAGAAACCAUGAAGACAUGCCCAAAAGUACUGAUGCCACUCAUCUUUCCUCUAAGAUUCCUGUUAUUGAUUUAUUACUGCUCUCAAGUGGCCGCAAGGAAGAGCUUAAGAAACUGGAUUUGGCAUGCCAAGAAUGGGGCUUCUUUCAGGUGGUAAAUCAUAGUGUGACAAAAGAAGUGGUGCAUAAUUUUAAGGAUGCGACAGCAGAGUUUUUUGAUCUCCCACUAGAAGAGAAAAAUAUGUAUGCAAUGGCCUCAAAUGACAUUCAAGGGUAUGGGCAUGCAUAUGUGGUCUCAGAAGAGCAGAAACUGGACUGGUCAGAUGCUCUAAUACUUAUCACUUACCCUUCCAAAUAUCGGAGGCUUAGAUUUUGGCCAACCACACCAACCGGAUUCAAAGAAAUUACUGAGGCAUAUGCAAAUGAACUUAGAAGAGUUGCAGAGGAGCUUAUAGGUUCAAUCUCACUAAUUAUGGGUAUGGACAAGAGUACUCUCUUAGCAAUGCACAAAGAGUUGAUGCAAGGUAUGCGUCUGAACUACUAUCCCACCUGUAACAAACCUGACCAAGUACUGGGUAUAAGCCCACACUCAGACACAAGCACCAUAACCAUAUUACACCAAGAUGAAAACGUCAAUGGGUUGCAAAUUCGACAUGGUGGAGAGUGGGUGCCUGUCAAUCCAAUUGAAAAUGCUCUAGUUGUGAACAUUGGAGAUGUCAUCGAGGUACAAAUUCUUCAGUUCAUUGAACCAAUUUUGAGUAAUGGAAAGUACAAGAGCAUUGAACAUAGAGCUGUGACAAAUGAGAAUAAGGCAAGGAUUUCAUUUGCAACAUUUUUCAUCCCGAACGAUGACGUUGAACUUGAACCAUUAGAUAAUCUGGUAGAUCCCAAAACGACCCUCAGGAUGUACAAGAAGGUCAGGUAUGGAGACUAUCUUCGGCAAAGCAUGAAAAGUAAAUUGCAGGGGAAGGCACACACUGAGAUGGCAAAGAAUGGAACUUAAGAGCAUACCUUCGCUUUCUUCAUCAUCCUCUUUGGAUUGAUUUAAAAUGCGAGCUUUCUUCACGUCAUGAAUCUAUAUGUGAUGCACAAUAAAGAAUCAAAAUUAUGCAGCUGCUUGUUUCUUAGUCUGA